AUGGGAGAGAGCAAACCCGCACCGGCUCCCUGCUUCUCGACUGGGCAGGGCAUCAUCUGCGCCGGGCUCCCCCGCUCUGGAACCCUCUCUCUCGCCACCGCGCUGGAUAUACUCGGCAUCGGUCCCAUCCAGCACGGGCUGCGCGACACCAGCACCCGGGAGGCCUAUGCCUGGAGUCACGCAGCGUGGUGCUCGUUUCCGUGCCUGCGCAGCAGACUCGCCUCGCGCGAUAGCAAGCUCCCCUUCUAUCUGCCCCCGUACGAUGCCCUGCUGCCGUGGACGCGCGCCGACUGGGAUCGGCUCGUCGGGCGCUACCGCUGCACCACCGAUGUGGGAAGCAUGUUCAGCGAGCAGCUCAUCGGCGCUUACCCGGACGCCAAGGUCAUCCUCGUGGAGCGGCCUGUCGACCGAUGGGCGCGCAGCUAUGGCCGUGUGCUCAUUGACAAGACAUACUGCGGCAUUGGCGGCUUCAUCAAGUGCAGGCUAGGGCCGUGGGCGGACUGCACGACAACGACGGCCUAUUUUGACGUGUCCAUGGGCUGGUUGGGUACCUUUUCGAGGCGUGAAGCACACCAUUUGUUGCCUGUCCGCCACCGCGAGCACUACGAAAUGGUAAGGAGGGACGUGCCAGCAGAGCAGCUGCUUGAAUUUGAUUUAAAGGACGGGUGGGGACCGCUGUGCAAGUUCCUACAGCUUCCUGUGCCAGAUGUCCCAUUUCCGCAUGUCAAUGAGGAAACAGAAUUUUUGAGCAUGCUUCGCGGCCUCGAUAGUAUGAUACUGUCGAGACUGGCCCAGAAAUUGGUCUGGAGUUUACUUGCUGUUAGUGCCGCUGCUUUCCUCAGCCGACCGUCCACGAGGCGGCUUGUGCUCCACGCGCUGAGACGUACUUUCGCUAUCUAA